AUGACGAACCCGAACCACCGCCAAGCGGUUGAGGAUUACAUUGCGAACGACCUCCCGGAGAGCUUCGUUUCCUCUACCAUAUCAGAGAUGUACGCCGCCCUCGAGAGGGAUAUACAGGUAAUCAAAAGCAAGUCUCCGGGGAUGACUCAGAAGCAGAUGGAAAUCGUGCUUCACCAGAGGCACAAGAAGCUGGCGUUCUCGUACCCUAGCCUGUUUUUCAAGAUUGUUCGAGGAGAAGUAGAUCCCGCCAUGUUGGCGUCGUUGCUGAGUCUUAAGCAAAGGCUCGACGAGAGAGACGUCUCGCUAGAUGAUGCGAGAAACCGUGUAAUCGACUACGCCAAGAUUCAGAUCGAGGAAACGCGUGGUAAACCCAGGGCCAGGAAGGCCAAGCCCGCGGGGACCGUCGUCCAAGAACUGAGUUUCAAGUGCAAGCCGGACCCCUAG